UACGGGUGUUCUCCUCCUCCACCACCACCAACCCGUACUUGAUGUAUAGUGUCACCUAUUGUGGUGAAUACCCAGAGGCCGGUGCAAUAACAAAGCUCCGCAUGUUUGACCCGGCCAAGGAAGAUUAUUUCACCGUCGGUGAUAAGCCACUUUCCAAAGAGUUGGCUAAGUCGAGGCUGGUGGGAAGUUCCCAUGGAUGGGGAGUUUUUAUUAGCUCCCGGGAUUCCAUACUAAUCAGCGACUACUGCAAUCCCUCGAGCUCCAAAUCAAACCCCAAGAUGAUCCCUCUGCCUCCUCGGCAACAUGUAGACUCUUGUCAAACUGAAUUGGUAAGUGGAGUGGCAAUGUCCUCUUCUCCUGAAGAAGAAGACUUUGUUGCGGCUGUAAAGUUCAUGGGACCUCUGGUGGGUAUAUAUAUGCCCGGUCGCCGAUGAGGGCACCUCCGCUAUCUACCUACUCUUGAAUUCGGUUACUUGGAACAAGGUAAGUUGAUGUAUUCCAAGAGAGAUCAAAGGUUCUACAUGCCAUGUUCUGGAGGCCAUCACUUGUGGUCUUGGAGUGGUAUAAAAUCCACCGACCCUCAGUACCAUCACUUGCGCUUUCACAACCUUCCUCAGUUUUCAAUUUCAGAGUUGCAGCUUUUGAAUUCUUGUUACAGGACACAACAACUUGUCGAGUCUCCCUCGGGACAACGUUUCCUAGUCAAAUGGUAUGUUCAAAGCCUUAGCAGGUAUGUUAAAAGCCUUAUGCUUAGGUCGGUAAAAUUCAAUUUUGGGGGCACAAAGUUGUUCAUGGUGUUUAGAGAGGAGGAAGAUAUGAACAUGUGUUACACAGAAGACAUUGGUGAUCUCUGCAUAUUCCUCGGCAAUAACGAGCCUUUUUGUGUCAAGGCCAGCUCAUUCCCGGGCCUAAACCCUAAUUCCAUCUAUUUCCUCGGUGAAGGCUAUGGUGAAGGCUAUGGCGUUUACGAUAUCGCCACUAGAACCCCACGUUCCUUCAAUCCCAAGUCUUUUUCGGCUUUCUCUGAUAUAGCUGAUUCACCUAAUGGCAAGGUUUACGUGCUUCCUGAUUGGGUUCCUCACUGGAUUCCUCCAUCUCCUCUCUAGUUGUGUUAUAUUAUUCGUUUUCAAAAGCUUAAUGAGAGAUUUUUUGUUUAAUA